AUGGCUUUGGAGGGGCUCUUAGUGACAGUGGCGGCUUGCCUGAUGACAUGGGUAAUCCAAACGCACAAUGGUGGUGUAUUGAAUAUACUAUUCAAACCUGAUGAAAUUAGUAAAUCAGGAAACAGCACAUUCAGUUUCGUUUCGGAAGUGGACUACAAUUAUUUCAUCAAUCUUCUCCUUCUGAGACCUCUGAACUUUUCGGUGCUAAGAGCCCUACCGGAACAAUUUGGAGGGGGUCAGAAAGCCGUCGACGAUGCUAUCGCCAAUCCUAAUCGAGAACCAAUGAUCUUCUGGACUAUGAUUGGAGCUUCCCUCCUACUUACGCUACUAGUUCUUAGUGCUGCCUGCUGUUGUGGAAAUGGUCCUUCAAAAAGAAAACAAGCCAAUACGUCAGAAGAGAGGUUUGCUCGGCACCAGAGGGUGGAACGAAUCAAGUAUACAAUCAUCGUGAUAUUUGCCCUUUCAACGGCUCUGGCAACAACAAUCCUUCUUGUACUUUACUUUGGUACUCUUAACAUUGCCUUCGACGCCUCAGAACAUACCUUAGACGGAAAAGUGCUGAGUAUUGAUCCCUUUGAAAGAAUUCAAAUAGCUAUGGAUGAAAUCAAGAACUUCGUCGAAGAGGGAAGUAAAGCACUUCCAGCUUCUGUCGAAAAAUUUGCAAAAGGAUUUGACAACAAGGUUAACGUAAGUACAGCAGUAUUAGUUUAUUUUGGAAAAAAAUGUGAUUAA